AUUGUAUCAAUCACUCGCUCCUGUAGAAAACCACAGCAUCCCUCUAUUACGCCUCCUCGAAGCUGUCGGAAGUUUCGCUACCAUUGUCGGAAGGUUUCUCGUAUUUCCCAGCCUAAAAACCCUAGGGCAUCCAAAUCCCAUUUCCAACCCGAGUCCUCCUCAACCCCUCUCAUAACUCAUGUUACCCCGACUAGUGCGGUGCAUUCGUGGCAACCACCCGUUCGCUGCGACGACGUUCAGUCGGAAGACAAAAAGGUUUCUGACUCCUCUCAGGCCGAAGAGAGUGUUUGGCUUAGUGAUCCCUCUGCUGAUAGUUCAACCGCCUCCUCCUCCAUUUCUUCUCUUCUCCCAACUAGUAGCAGUGGAUGUGAAACUAAAGGCGAUGCUGAAGUUGAAGAUGAUUCAUUGGAAAUCAUGGAGAUCACCCAGGCUGAAGUAGGGAAUAUGGGGGGAACUCAGUCGUCUACUAUACCAUCAGCCGAGGAGUACGAAGCUGAUGCUGGUGAACUGUGUGAAGUAGAUCCGUUUGCUUUUAUUCGAACUCUCCCCCCAGUGUCGGACGAGCUUUUUGCCCACCCACCAGCACUGCCUAAGAGAACGCGAUCGUGUCCGGAGCACUGCUUAGUCCUUGAUCUGGAUGAGACGCUAGUACACUGCAGUCUUGAACCUCUAGUGGACGCUCAGUUUGUUUUCCAGGUCGUUUUUCAAGGUGUCGUUUACAUGGUGUACGUGCGUGUAAGGCCACAUCUCUUUCAUUUCCUUGAAAGGGUGUCGGAACUAUACGAGGUUGUACUUUUUACAGCGAGCACCAAGGUUUACGCUGAUAGGCUCGUCAACCUUUUAGACCCCAAGAAGCAGUGGAUUAGACACCGUCUGUUUCGAGAAAACUGUAUUUUUGUCAAUGGAAACUACGUAAAGGACUUGCGUGUGCUAGGGAGGGACUUAACUAAAACCGUCAUAAUUGACAACUCUCCCCAAGCCUUUGGCUACCAGCUAAGCAACGGGAUACCCAUUGAAAGUUGGUUCACUGACCAGGAGGAUAACGAGCUCAUGAAAUUAAUUCCUUUCCUCGAGCGUCUCGCGAAAUUGUCUGAUGUAAGGCCCAUUGUGGACAGUCAAUUUCGGUUACAAUCAAAGGUGUUUGCAAAGGAGCUUCCUCAGCCACCUUUUCAAUGUUUUACUUCCACUGCUGCCACUACUUACUCCUGCGACGAGAAUAUCGAGGUAGCCGAGCCCGAGGGCGAAUGUGGUGAUGAUGAUGAGGAAGUAAUUGACCUUGCAGAAGCUGAUGAUGAGGUGGAACUGGGGGUUCAGGGAACAGGUCAGUCAGAUGAAUGCAGAAGGGAGGCAUGGAGAAGGGGAAUUGAACAGGUCGAAGAGGUCGUCGAUUAA